GAGAGCUGCGCUGCAGUAGCAUCCCACAGCAGACGGCUGAGGACUGCCGGUGUGUGUGUGUGACUGCACUGCUGAAGAGGAGGAGGAGGAGGCAGAGGGUGAGCACGCUCGCAAGACUCUGCAGGGCCAUAGAGGAACGAGUAGCAGCAGCGCUAGUGUUGGCCCGCACCAGGUAGAGGUCCCAGCGCCGUCGACCCAAGAACCGCCGCCGUAAGAUCUGGACACGCCAACGCCCCCCAGACCCUCACCACCGGCGCCAUGGCACAAGCGGCCAAACAUCUCCGCAAGAACAAGGAUUUAGAAGCUCAGUUAGAGCAGGAGCGCAAAGAGAAGGAGGAGGAGAGGGUCAAAAAGAGGAGUCGCUCACGGGAUAAAAAGCGCAAGGCCCACGCCGUGCAUCGCUGGCUAAUCGAUCAGGACAGUAGUGUGAGCUCUGAGAUGCCGGAUGGCCAAGGAGUAUGGCACUAUGAUGAUGAAGCAGAUGCUGGCAACAGUUUUCUACGAGCGGCCCGGUCUGGCAACUUGGACAAGGCCUUGGACCAUAUCAAAAAUGGCAUUGACAUAAAUACAGCCAAUCAGAAUGGGCUCAAUGGGCUGCAUCUGGCCUCAAAAGAAGGCCAUGUCAAGAUGGUACUGGAGCUACUCCACAAUGGAAUCGUACUGGAGACCACCACAAAGAAAGGGAACACAGCCCUGCACAUUGCUGCCCUGGCAGGACAGGAGCAGGUGGUCACAGAGCUGGUUAACUACGGGGCCAAUGUCAACGCUCAGUCCCAGAAGGGUUUCACUCCACUCUACAUGGCUGCACAAGAGAACCAUCUAGAGGUUGUGAAGUUUCUUUUGGAGAACGGAGCCAAUCAGAGCAUUCCAACUGAGGACGGAUUCACUCCCCUCGCUGUGGCUCUUCAGCAGGGACAUGAAAAUGUUGUAGCCCUGCUCAUCAACUAUGGCACCAAGGGGAAGGUCCGCCUGCCUGCGCUGCACAUCGCAGCACGCAACGAUGACACACGCACAGCCGCAGUGCUUUUGCAGAACGACCCCAACCCUGAUGUACUCAGCAAGACUGGAUUCACGCCCCUCCACAUUGCUGCACACUAUGAAAACUUGAACGUAGCACAACUGCUGCUCAAUAGAGGAGCCAAUGUCAACUUCACCCCAAAGAAUGGCAUCACUCCUCUGCACAUCGCAUCCAGACGGGGAAACGUGAUCAUGGUUCGACUCCUGCUGGACAGAGGGGCGCAGAUUGAUGCCAAGACCAAGGAUGAGCUGACUCCUCUGCACUGUGCAGCCAGAAAUGGUCAUGUCAGAAUUAUAGAAAUCCUACUGGACCAUGGAGCGCCGAUCCAAGCCAAGACCAAGAAUGGCUUGUCUCCAAUCCACAUGGCAGCGCAGGGGGACCACAUGGACUGCGUCAAACAACUUCUGCAAUACAACGCAGAGAUUGACGACAUCACAUUGGACCACCUCACCCCUCUGCAUGUGGCAGCACAUUGCGGUCACCACCGCAUGGCCAAAACACUGCUGGACAAAGGGGCCAAACCCAACUCUCGGGCUCUGAAUGGUUUCACUCCUUUACACAUUGCUUGCAAGAAGAACCACUUGCGUGUGAUGGACCUUCUGCUCAAACACUCUGCUUCAUUAGAGGCUGUGACUGAGUCUGGCCUGACCCCUUUGCAUGUGGCAUCAUUUAUGGGUCACCUCAACAUUGUAAAAAUUCUGCUGCAGAAAGGAGCUUCCCCCAGCGCCUCCAAUGUGAAAGUGGAAACUCCUCUCCAUAUGGCAUCUCGGGCGGGACACUUUGAGGUGGCAGAGUUUUUAUUGCAGAAUUCGUCACCAGUGGACGCCAAGGCCAAGGACGACCAAACACCUCUGCAUUGCGCCUCUCGAAUGGGUCACAAGGAACUAGUGAAGCUUCUCCUGGAGCACAAGGCCAAUCCCAACUCCACCACCACAGCAGGACACACACCUCUGCACAUUGCUGCCCGGGAAGGUCAUGUACAAACAGUACGCAUUCUCCUGGACAUGGAGGCUCAGCAGACCAAGAUGACCAAGAAAGGCUUCACUCCACUCCACGUGGCCUCCAAGUACGGCAAGGUGGAUGUAGCAGAGUUGUUACUGGAGAGAGGUGCUAACCCGAAUGCUGCUGGGAAGAAUGGUCUGACUCCGCUGCACGUUGCUGUACAUCACAACAACUUGGAUGUAGUUAACUUACUUGUCAGCAAGGGAGGGUCACCACAUAGUGCUGCCAGGAACGGCUACACCGCCCUCCAUAUAGCGUCUAAGCAGAACCAGGUGGAGGUGGCUAACAGCCUGCUGCAGUACGGAGCUUCGGCCAAUGCUGAGUCACUGCAGGGAGUCACACCUCUCCACCUGGCCUCGCAGGAAGGAAGGCCCGACAUGGUCUCCCUGCUCAUUUCCAAACAGGCCAACGUCAACCUCGGCAACAAGAGUGGAUUAACCCCCCUCCACCUGGUGGCACAGGAGGGACACGUUGGCAUCGCUGAUAUCUUGGUGAAGCAAGGAGCUUCGGUCUAUGCUGCCACACGGAUGGGUUACACCCCUCUCCAUGUAGCGUGUCACUAUGGCAACAUCAAGAUGGUGAAGUUCCUCCUGCAGCAACAGGCCAACGUCAACAGCAAAACGAGGCUCGGCUACACUCCCCUGCACCAGGCAGCCCAGCAGGGACACACAGACAUUGUGACCCUGCUGCUGAAGCAUGGUGCCCAGCCCAACGAGACCACUACACAUGGUACUUCAGCCCUGGCCAUCGCUAAGAGGUUGGGCUACAUCUCUGUCAUUGACGUCCUGAAGCUCGUCACUGAGGAGACCGUUUCCAUGACGACGACAGAGAAACAUCGCAUGAGUUUCCCAGAAACAGUGGAUGAGAUACUGGACGUGUCUGAGGAUGAAGGAAUUGCACAGCUUACAUUAGGAGAGGAGCUCUUGGGGACAGAAGGGGCCAGGUACAUGAAGAUGGAUGACAUGAAAGACCAUGAUGACGAUUUCCUCUCCCCCAAGAAAUCACUGGAGUACGAGAGAGGGCUGGGCACAGCAAAUUACUCGCCGGCCAUUCCCAGGAUCCCUCGCGUCUCUCCAGAGACCAUCAUCCUGAAAGAACAUGAAAUGGAUCAGCAACACACUCCACUUCCUCUCCCCAAAGAAUAUGACGAGGACUCACUGAUUCCCAGCAGCCCGGCAACCGAGACGUCAGACAAUGUCAGCCCAGUCGCCAGUCCCAUACACACAGGGUUCCUGGUCAGCUUUAUGGUGGAUGCUCGGGGCGGCUCAAUGCGAGGCAGCAGGCAUAAUGGUCUGCGUGUCAUCAUACCUCCACGGACGUGUGCGGCACCCACCCGGAUUACCUGCCGCCUGGUGAAGCCGCAGAAGCUGACCAGCCCCCCUCCUCUGGUGGAGGGAGAGGGGCUGGCCAGCAGGAUCAUAUCCCUGGGUCCAGCUGGCAUGCAGUUUCUGGGACCAGUGAUUGUGGAGAUCCCUCACUUUGCUGCUCUGGGUCACGGUGACCGAGAGCUUGUAAUUCUGAGGAGUGAGAACGGCUCAGUCUGGAAGGAACACCGCAAUCGUUACGGUGACGAGGUGCUGGAGACAAUCCUCAACGGGAUGGAUGAGGACUUGGAAAGUCAAGAGGAGCUCGGGAAGAAGCGAAUCCGCCGCAUCAUCUCCACCGACUUCCCGCUUUACUUUGCUGUGGUGUCGCGGGUCCAACAAGAAAGUGACCUGAUUGGUCCAGAGGGAGGUUCGCUGACAAGUAAACUGGUGCCGAUGGUCCAGGCCUCGUUUCCCGAGACGGCAGUCACCAAGCGAGUCCGUCUGGGGCUGCAGGCUCAGCCAGUUCCAGAUGAGCUGGUUGCAAAGCUGCUGGGCAACCAAGCGAACUUUAGCCCCGUGGUCACCGUGGAGCCGCGGCGGCGCAAGUUUCACCGACCCAUUGGGCUACGUAUACCUCUGCCCCCGUCCUGGAGGGAGAGUCCCAGAGACUCCGGGGAGGGCGACACCACCAGUCUGCGUCUGCUCUGCUCCGUCAUAGGUGGUACAGCCCCAGCCCAGUGGGAGGACAUCACUGGUACCACCAAGCUCGUCUAUGCUAACGAAUGUGCCAGUUUCACUACCAAUGUCUCUGCACGUUUCUGGCUCGCAGACUGUCCUCGGACAGCCGAGGCCGUCUCCUUUGCCAACCUGCUGUACAAAGAGCUGUCAGCUGUGCCCUACAUGGCCAAGUUUGUGGUGUUUGCAAAGAUGAACGAGCUGCGCGAGGGCCGUCUGCGGUGCUACUGCAUGACCGACGACAAGAUGGACAAAACCCUGGAGCAACAUGAGAACUUCACGGAGGUGGCUCGCAGCAGAGACAUAGAGGUGAUGGAGGGAAUGCCGCUCCACCUGGAAUGUUCAGGGAAUCUCGUGCCAGUGAGGAAGGCCACCCAGCAGCCGCGCUGCUUUAGCUUCCAGGCCUUCAGGGAUAACCGACUUCCCGUCUCUGUUAAGGUGAGAGACAGCAGUAAAGAGCCCACUGGAUUUUUGUCUUUCCUGCGCAAGACCACCAAGUAUGAGGACAGCCAGCAUGUGCUCUGCAACCUAAACAUCACCAUGCCUCCGUGUAUCAAGAUCAUUGGGAGUGAAGACCGGAGGCGAACUCUGACCCCGCUGGCUUUAAGGGAAAGAUACAGCGCCCUAAAUGAGCCUGCUAUGGCGUCGAUGAGCGCCAUGGAAAGGACAGAGCUGAAGAUGGCUGUGAUUGCAGAGCAGCUGGGACUGAGCUGGGCCGAGUUGGCUCGCGAGCUUCAGCUCAGUGUGGAUGACAUCAAUAAGAUCCGUGUGGAGAAUCCAAACUCCCUGCUGGAGCAGAGCUCUGCUUUGCUUAACCUGUGGGCAACUCGCGAGGGCAAGAGGGCCAAGAUGGAGAGCCUCUACACAGCUCUGAAGAGCAUUGACCGUAUGGACAUCAUCAACAUGUUGGAGGGCCAGCCGCCUCAGCCCGUGAGACAAGGCUCCCGCGAUAUGAGCAGACGUCGGAACAAUGAAAGAGACCACCUUUCCCCUGGUAUGACCAAUGGUUAUGGUCUCGUGCAGGACGAGCUGCUCUCACCGGCCUCCAUGCAGUACAGCCUACCCUCUCCGCUGGGUGCUGAGCCUUACUGGCAGGAAGUCUCCAGUCUCGACUGUGCGCCCAUUGCCACCACAGAAGAAGACACCCUGAUGGAGAUGUCUGAUGUGCAGGUAUGGCCCUCAGGCAACAGCCCUUCCUUGGUGCCUGUUGAGGACUCCUCGCUGGAGUGCAGCAAUGCUGACGAUUCGGAAGGCCUGCUGGGGCUGCCGUAUGGAAGUCUGGGUCGACCGGCCAGUCAGGCCAGCGCAGCCAGCGGAGGGGGUGGGGUGCUGAGUGGUUCCAUUGAGCUGCCUGAAGACGAUUCAGAAAUGGGCGUUGACUCGCUCAGCACUACCACGCCGGCCUCGCUUGGGGGCACCAUCGCCGGGAUGAAUCUUAACGGGCUGAACAAUGGUCAGGGGUCAGAGGCAAGUUCAGAGGUAUCAGCAGUCACAAGUACGACUGGUGGUGAUGGAGCUGGAGGAGGAGGAAGAGAAGGCGGGACGGGCUCAGAGGAAGGGCUUUCUCUUGUUGCAGGACAGCAAAGGGUGUAUGCCCGGUUGAGUGAGUCACCUGGUCUGAGCUGUGUUGCAGAUCGGAAUGGAGACAGGUCAGGUAAUGGCGGAAACGGAGGUGGAGGAGGCUCUUUCCUUUCAUACCUGCAGGAGCAGACAGGCCCGGGGUGGGUCCCUGUCACUGACCCUACUCAGGCUUGGGUGGGCAACCAGCCCAAUCCCAGGCAGGCCAUGGAGACAAUGAUGUCAUCAGUACGUAAUGUUGUGGAUGGAGACCAGUCCUGUGUGUCCCAGGAGGCAUUGCUUCAGCCUGUGAGGGACAUGGGGCACUCUGAGCUCUUACGAGGGCACUUCAGAGGCACCCAGCCUUUCGAGAAGGGUUUGGGAUUUCCACACAGGGUGUCAGACCUGAGGGCCUGGGACGAUGUGCGCCUUAAGGGGCAGGGUGAUGAGGUUGAAGGUCUUCCCGGAGAGCAUGUAAGCGAGGAACAGUUCACGGAUGAACACGGAAAUAUCGUCACAAAAAAGAUUGUGCGUAAGGUCGUGCGCAGAGGGAAGGGUUCAGGUGAGGAGGGGGUUCAGGAGGUGAGCUUGGAGGACGCCAACGAGCUGGAGGGUGAUGCUGAGCAGUUCAUGAACUACGCCAUCUUGGGCCGGGACAGCAGCAAGCCCGAUAUGGAUGUGAAGAAAGGUGCUCAAAUAGUGAAAUGUGCCAGUCUGCGGAGAGUUAAGCAAUGAGGCAGACUGAGUGCUGCGUCCCCGCAGAGUUCCCCGCAGGAUUCAACCCCUUCACCGAAACCAUCCUACAUGGACACAUGACCAGCAGCAGCUGACAGGAGGGAGACCACACAUAAAAAGGCAGACAGAUAAAAAUGAACGGCAACAGACACAAUGACAACCACAGUGGCUAUGCCGACUAUCAGCACGCACCAGAAGACAAGGAUACUUGUAGUUUUUAUUACUUUUUUUUUUUUAAAGAAACCGUGGACAAACAAACAAAAAAAAAACAUCUACUACUAGGCUAGAAGCAUGAUUUCGUAUAAAACAAAAAAACAAACACACAAAAAAAAGAAGAAGAAAAAAAAAUCUAGCAACCAAACGUGCUUCCUGUUAUCUGUAUCAGCAUGAGUGACUGCUGCCGCAUGGCCUGUCUUUAACUACAAAUACUGAGGGGAUACACGGGCGGGGAGGGAUGGGGAGGAUACACUGCUGUGUGGGACAGGCAUGCAAUGUAGGCUAUGGUCAACCACUGGCCCAUUUUCUAAAUCAACGGGGAAAGUUUAUCAAUCCAAAAAAAAAAAAGAAAAGAGACUAAAAUACUGAGAAUUACGUCAUCUCUAGGCAACAGGUUAUUCUCCUUCCUUCCAUGCCACUCUCCUCCUGCUAAGAGCAUCACCAACUAGUUUCGAACCUGUCCCAGUGCUCUCUAAGUCCAGUAAAGCUACAAUUAUCACCCCAAGGAUAUAUCAGUGUUGUACAUAAUACUGUAUGCACUAAAAUACUCUACGUGACUGUGUGUUACGUGUGUUGUUUAUGUCAUGAGAUCCCUAUGCGAUGCCACUGAUGCUGCUGUUUCAGGUACAUAAGAGCCCCCGCCCCCCACCUCCCUAUUUUUCUUGUUUGGUUCUCUUGGUCAGAACCUACAGUCUAUAUUAUUCUAUAUAUCUUGAGAUCUUUGUGGGUACAAGAACAUACAAAUGUUGUGUCGCUCUGCCUGUUUUUAAACGUUGGAUUUCUGUGUGUCCAGUUGUUUGUUUCUUUGUGCUUUUCACAUGCUUUCAUCCUUUGCUUUUGACACGUCAAACCGUAGAGGGAAGCUAUGCUGUAAGUCAUUCGGUGUACUGUGGGGAUUUUUUAUUUUAUUUAUUUCUUUUUUUUUUAAAGCUUUGGGAGGCAGGUUUUUUUUGUCAUGAACCCGCCUCCCGGUUUGCCUUGUGGCGAGAGACAAAAUGAGAUGCAAGUGAAAGUUGACCGUGAGAGAUCCCGCUCCUCCGCCUUUUUUCUUGUCCCCACUGUGCAGUAUCCUCGUGAGGUUUGUGUUAAUAUGUUGUCUGAACCAAAAUCCCAAUACCUCUCUUUACUCUCAAUCUUAUCUCGACCUCUCAUCGCCCUCGCCUCUGCAGUCGGCCUCUCAGAGUAGAUGUAGCAGUCCUGUCCCCCUCCAGCAGGGGGCAGGGUCCCACCUUCAGCUCGUAGCUGUGUCCGUUUGACCUCCUCAUGCAGUACCGCCACACGAGGUGCACUUAUAGAUCAUCUCAUCACCACCAGAAGAUGUCAUUAGAUUAGGUGCAGGUAGCUGAAACACUGGUAAUAAUGUAGCACUGGUUUGAGUGGGUAAAAGAUGAAGCGUCGAGUGUUGUGUCGAGGGUCGCGGGUGCGUUGAGCUUCGAUGUUUGUCUCCUUGGCAGUUCUUUGGAGUGUAGCAAAGACAGUCACCAAUCACUGUGAUGAGAAACUGUAAUUCUGACCCGGAACUGUGAGCCUGGCCUUUCCCGAAGCACGUCUCUAGUUUCACUCUUUUCUUUGGUGUCAUGAUUUACUGUCUAAACCUUAUUUCAGAAGAAGCAAUAACUGCUUACACAAGGAAAGGGUUGUUUGUGUGUGUGUGUGUGUGUGUGUGUGUGUGUGUGUGUGUGUGUGUGUGUGUGUGUGUGUGAGUGUGUGUGAGAGACAAAAAAAAAGGAGGAUUUUACGAUCAUAGCUUAUGUUCUUCCUAAACUCAAGAUUGUCGGCCUGCUGAUCACAGCUUUAGAGGAGUCGUCUCUCAGCUCAGAAAUUAUGUCAGUACAUUAGUAUCUCACAUUCUGUCACCUUUGCCUAAAAAGACUGGUAUGGCGUCAUAUCAGCCACCCCAUCUGCAAAGAGUUUGUUAUUGUUUUCUCAUCUGGGAAUGUAGCCGUGUUCGACCUGUUUUUAAACCUUAAUGACGUUCAUAUGCACCUUGAGAGAAAUCCUGUUGAGUGUUUGUGCAUGUGUGUGUGUGUGCGCGUGUGUGUGCGUGCGUGCGUGUGAUUUUAAUAUCACAUAUUUAGUCCUGGAUGUUGGGACAUUUCAAAGUUGUGAUAAUAUCACAGGAAGUAAUACUGCAAACGGACAAAGAUUAUAAGUGUAAUAAUUCUGAAUCACCUAUUUUUUAACGUUGAUUUACCUCAAUAAGUGUGCCAUCUCACAUCAUAUCAACAUGCGUUUCUUUUGACACUGAAUGCUUUCUUGUAGAAAAAUAUGUUAGCCACAAAAAGAAAAAGAAAAAAAAAAAACAACAACUACACAUUGCAAUAAGCACCCAUCAAUAAGUGUUUAGUUUGGCUUCACAGCCAGAGAUGAUGAAUGUAAAGUCUUGGUAUACUGUGAGUCUUGUUAUGAAGUAGUCAUCUGUGUUGGCUCUGUACUAGAGUAGAUGAUAGGGUAUUCACUCUGUUGUUUCAACUCAGUAUCUGCUGUUGAAUAUCAUACAUAUGACUUCAUUCGCAUUUCAUCACAAACGAACAUAAAGGAGAGUUUUGACGAGCGAAGCCUCAAAUUGGUUUUUGGUGUUUUAUCAAUUAUCCCGUCGUCGUUUUUGUUUGUUUUUUUUCCUAAAAGAGAAUCUUGUUUGAAAAAAGUUAGAUGUCAUUAAAAAUGCACUGCAGCGUAUGAAGUAACCCUUACAUCGUUUAAGGGCUCAUGUUGUGGUACGCUUGGGUCGGUUCAUGAAGCAGGGGUCACUUCUAAAUCCCCUGCUGACGUCGGGGUUAGAGAGAGGAGACCUGAUGACAAGACUCAGAUGAAAUUGUUGGGGGACGCUUAGUGGCUUCGAUGAGUAGUCUUUCAAGAUGACAAGCAUUUUUUUCCCCCCACCCCCUCAACGCAGCCCUCCCCUGAUCUUUUUCUGCCCUCUUACCAAAUAUGAGACUGAGCCGAUUCUCAGGCUUCCACAUGGCGAUGGUUUGAACGCAGUGAGGAAAGAGUCCGACGAAGUGCAAGCACAGGGAUCAGCGGCUCCGUCAGAAACACAGGAAAGCUCUGCACUGGGGGACUACUGAGACGACGCCAUGCACCAAGUUCAUGCAAAAAUAUUAACUGUUGCAAAAACUAGAGAAUACAUGUAUAUUCCUUUAGAAUGGAUUGAAGACAUUAUUAACGCAAUAGCAUAUUACUCAAUACUAAGGAAUGCAACUGCGCACAUGCACAGAAAAUGUUUUUAACAUAAAAGGCUAUAUAUAUAUGAAAUAUAUGAAUAUAUAUAGAUAUAUAUAUAUUUACUUAGAAUGCUAUGCACCCUUACUUGUCAACUGGGAUUCUAGUUAUGUUAUGGAUGUACUUUUAGCAUCAUACAGCUGUAGCUACCAAGAGACUGUUGAGUUCUGGGUAAUGCCUGCAAUCUGGGGAUAAAUGGGGGUCUUGUGGGUAUUUUAACUUCUUUUGUUUGCUUUUUUUUAAUUGUUAUGGAGAGACAAACAUGGAUUUAAAAUAUGUAAAAGCCUUUUAAUCCAAUCAAAACCCGAGGACAUCUAUUGACCACUUACUCUGUACACCAGCUCAACAUUUACAAAAUUAAUAAAGAAAUGAAAUGUC